GUAAAUCUUGUUGUAGUGUGGAGCCUCAGCUGAGCUGCUCUGCCUGCUAGGAUAAUACAAUUACUGCCAGGCAUAAGAGAACAGCACAAAAGAUCUCUCUCCCUCUUCCCCUCUCUCUCUCUCUCUCUCUGAGUCUCUGUCUCUCUCCACUCAGUCUCCAGCCUGCUCUCUGUCAGAUUCGCACACACACAUACACACACACAUACACUCACGCAUACUCUGUGUCCCUUAGUCAUUCAGAGGCACACACAUACUCCCUCCCUUGUCAAAUUGUACAAUACAUCAGCACAUAUUCCAAGCUCUGUGUUUUCUGUCUUUCGCUGGCAAAACGGAUCAGUUUCAACGCUUUCUCUGAGGUCCCAGGAUUCUCGAGCUGUGCCCAGCUGACAAGCUUUUGAAGAUGACACAAUAACAGACCAGUGAUGCCUGACCAUGACAGCGCAGCCCUCUUAAGCAGGCAAACCAAGAGAAGAAGAGUUGACAUUGGAGUGAAAAGGACUGUAGGGACAGCAUCUGCAUUUUUUGCUAAAGCAAGAGCAACCUUUUUCAGUGCCAUGAAUUCCCAAGGUUCCGAGCAGGAUGUUGAGUAUUCCGUGGUACAGCAUGCAGAUGGGGAAAAGUCAAAUGUACUCCGCAAGCUGCUGAAGAGGGCGAACUCCUAUGAAGAUGCCAUGAUGCCUUUUCCAGGAGCAACCAUAAUUUCCCAGCUGUUGAAAAAUAACAUGAACAAACAUGGUGGCACAGAGCCCAGUUUCCAAGCCAGUGGGCUUUCCAGCACAGGCUCGGAGAUACAUCAGGAGGAUGUAUGCAGCAACUCUUCAAGAGACAGUCCCCAAGAGUGUCUUUCCCCUUUUGGCAGGCCUACGAUGAGCCAGUUUGAUAUGGAUCGGUUGUGUGAUGAGCACCUGAGAGCAAAGCGUGCCCGGGUUGAAAAUAUAAUUAGAGGUAUGAGCCAUUCCCCAAAUGUGCCAUUGAGGGGCAAUGAAAAUGAAAGAGAGGGAGCCCCCCGGUCUAUAAGCCCCCGAGAAAGCUAUAGAGAAAACAAGCGCAAGCAAAAGCUGCCUCAGCAGCAGCAGCAACAGAGUUUCCAGCAUCUGGUAUCAGCUCGAAAAGAACAGAAGAGAGAGGAGCGUAGACAGCUGAAACAGCAGCUGGAAGACAUGCAGAAACAGCUGCGCCAGCUGCAGGAGAAGUUCUACCAGAUCUACGAUAGCACCGAUUCAGAAAAUAAUGAAGAUGGCAACCUGUCUGAAGACAGCAUGCACUCAGAGAUCAUAGAUGGAAGAGCCCGGGAUUCUGUGGGCAGGUCAGAUAAUGAAAUGUUUGACAUAGACCCUGGGCAGUUCAUUAAUCGUGCCCGAGCCCUAGUCAGGGAACACGAACUGGCACCAGACAAUCAUGGGAAAAGAGAGGGAACAAAAGACAAAGAUCCUUUGCAUAACAUUUUCCACCCUGAAAGCAAACAUUUGGCAGAAACACUUAAGCAAGAACUAAAUACUGCCAUGUCACAGGUAGUAGACACUGUGGUCAAGGUUUUUUCGGCAAAGCCCAUUCGCCAACUCCCUCAGGUCUUUCCACCUCUCCAAAUUCCUCAGGCAAGAUUUGCAAUCAAUGGGGAAAGCCACAACUUCCACACCACCAACCAUCAUGCACAGUGCUUUGGUGAUGUCAUCAUUCCAAAUCCCCUGGACACUUUUGGCAACGUACCGAUGCCUAGUUCUACAGACCAAACAGAAGCACUGCCCUUAGUUGUACGCAAAAAUUCUAAUGACCAAUCUACCAGUGUGCCACCACCUGGUAGUCAUCAUGCUUCACUGCAUCAGUCCCCUCUCUCAGCAGCUGCAAGCUUCUCCUCCUCUUCUUUCCGUCACCCUUUCCCUCUUCCACUCAUGGCUUACCCAUUUCAAAACCCUUUGGGUGCCCCAUCUUCAGCCUUUCAAAGCAAAGACAGGGCCUCCCCUGAAUCCCUAGACUUAACUAGGGAGACUACAAGUCUGAGGACCAAGAUGUCAUCACAUCAUAUGAAUCAUCACCCAUGUUCUCCAGUGCACCCUCCUAGCUCAACGGAAGGUCUCUCCUUGUCCUUUAUCAAGUCGGAGUGCGGAGACAUGCAAGAUAUGUCCGACAUUUCUCCAUAUUCUGGAACGCAAUUCUACAUGCAGGAGGGACUUUCUCCGAAUCACUUGAAAAAGGCCAAGCUAAUGUUUUUCUACACUCGGUAUCCAAGUUCAAACAUGCUAAAGACCUACUUCUCUGAUGUAAAGUUCAACAGAUGCAUUACCUCCCAGCUCAUCAAGUGGUUUAGCAAUUUCCGUGAGUUUUACUACAUUCAGAUGGAAAAGUAUGCUCGGCAAGCCAUUAAUGAUGGGGUCACAAGUACUGAAGAACUGUGUAUAACACGAGACUGUGAGCUGUACCGAGCCUUGAAUAUGCACUACAAUAAAGCAAAUGACUUUGAGGUUCCGGAGAGAUUCUUGGAAGUGGCUCAGAUCACAUUACGAGAGUUUUUCAAUGCCAUUAUCGCAGGCAAAGAUGUUGAUCCUUCCUGGAAGAAGGCCAUAUACAAGGUCAUCUGCAAGUUGGACAGCGAAGUCCCUGAAAUCUUUCGAUCCCCAAACUGCCUACAGGAGCUACUUCACGAGUAGACGAUACAAUUGCUGGAUCUGAAUGUACAAAACUGACAUUUGCCCCUUAAAUGCCCCAAAUCUGUGAGUGUGCGUGAUUUAAACUGUACAUCCAUGUGUAUACAUAUAUGCUAUGCACAUGUGUUAUUCUGGAACCUCACAUAUUUAUUUUAUGUUCUUUACCCAUUCUUACAAGAGAAUAGCAUUACUGCAUCAGCUUCCACUAAAAUGCCUACUGAAUGCCCUAAAGUCACAAACCACGAAUGGAGAAGUGUUUUUCAGGGUGCGGAGGGUAUAACGUGUACAGAAUUAUUAGGGCAUUUUUCAAUGUUAUGUGAUGGAGAACAGAGUGACCUUUGUACUUUUACUUGUGUUCCACUGCUUUCCUAAUAAUCAUUUCAUUAAAACCACUUGAUUUAUUUAUAAAAUGUAACGAGCUACGAACUCCCAAGCACUUCUGAGUAAUUCACAUUUCCUCUGCAACUUAAUGUGCCCUAAAUAUACCAACAACAAAACACAUUGGUGCGCAUGUAGUACAAUUCAAAUAAUUCUGAGUGCCCAGUUGCUAUGAUUUUAUGGAGAGAAAAAAAUAGUGUCUGUUUAACCCCUUAAGGACCAAACUUCU